AUGAGAUACAGGCUGAUCUACACGUUGCUGGCCACCGCGCAGGAGCUUCUGUUCGGCAAGAAAUUGUUUUUUGACUGGCAGUUCGGCGACAACUGGGCGCUGAAGAGCAUGGAUAUUUUGGACAGAGACUUGGCGGCCGCCGAAAAUGAUCGGAAAGACGGCGGCAGCCCGGGGACAAAGGACCAGCCGGAGUACGUGUACCGCCGGCAGAUCGUCUGGUUCAACACCAUCGGGUUCCUCGUGCUCCACUUGGGAGCCUUGUACGGCAUGUACUUGUUCUUGACAUCUUCGAUGGUACUCACUAUGCUGUGGACAAUGCUGGUAGCGGGCGCAAGUGCGUUUUCCGUCACCAUGGGCGCUCACAGAUUAUACACUCACAGGACUUUCAAAUGUAACGAUUGGGUAAAAGCUCUGCUGGUUUUCGGGCAGACGGUCGCGGGACAGAACUGCUUGUACGUUUGGAUCAGAGACCAUCGGCAGCAUCACAAGUACAGCGACACGGUGGCCGACCCGCACAACGCGUCACGGGGAUUCUUCUUCUCGCACAUCGGAUGGUUGAUGGUGCGCAAACAUCCGGAAGUCAUUGAAAAAGGCAAGAAGAUCGACAUGACCGACAUAGAAAUGGAUCCGUACGCCAUGUUUCAAAAAAAAUAUUACAAAAUACUGUUCACGAUCUUGGCCAUGCUGAUGCCGAUGGUCGUGCCUUUCGUCUUCUGGGGGGAAACCCUGUGGAAUGGUUUCUUCGUGUGCUUCCUGUUUCGGCUGAUGACUGUCCUGAACUUGACCUGGUUGGUCAACAGUGCUGCGCAUUUGUAUGGCAACAAACCAUUUACCAACGACAUAAUGCCCGUGGAGAACGUUUACGUGUCCAUGUUCGGGCUGGGCGAGGGCUGGCACAACUAUCACCACUCGUUCCCGUGGGACUAUCGGGCCGCCGAGUUCGGGCAGUACUUCAAUUUGACGACGAUGCUGAUCGACUUUUUCGAAGAGAUGGGCUGGGUGUGGGACAAGAAGUACGCGACACCGGCCAUGGUCCGGAGCCGGGUGACCAAACGCGGGGACGGCACGCACUGCAAGUACGCCCGGCCGCAGUUGAAGGAAGCCGGCGCCGAGUCCUCGGAGGCGGUGGAGGACGACGAGACUUACGAGGAGCUGUUCUGGCUGGAAGAACGGUCGGCGAAGACCGCCGAGCUCGUGGACGAGGCUCAGAAGGGCUAA